AUGAGACAGUCUGCCUUGCAGAAAGGUCCCUAUAGACCUUUUCUAGGUAGUGACAUAUACCGAAAGCUCUUUCCUUCCAACAUUCAACGUAUCGAUGUUGCUGUGGCCAUUUUAUUAGGUCUGUCAUUUUUUCUGCAACAAAUUAGAGGACCAGGCCUGGAUAAGGAAUUGAGCCCGACGGAGUUUGACUUAUUGGAAGCAGUUGGUCACUACAGGAAUGACGAGUUUUUUAUAAUUUCUUCUCCGCCGUUGAUUGUGGAAGUACUAUCUUUCAUCGCCAGACUGACUGGGAAUUUGUCAACAGACGUGCUAAGAAAAAUCAGUCUCGUCGUCGCUGCGCUCACCGUUUCCAACAUCUAUCUCGCUUUGAGGGUGUCUAGCGUUGUGAGCGUUGUUUCGAUUGUAGCGACAGCAAUUGUUUCGCAUCUGCCGUUGUUUACAGAAGAAAGCAAACACCUUUCUCCUACUAUACUGCAAUUGCUGUUUCUAUCGAACAGUGUUUUGAAUUGGAACUCACUAAAACGGUCCAGAAGCUUUUCUAAGGGGUGGAUGUUGCAUCUAGCACUUUUAUCUUUUUCCCUAUCACUCUCAGCUGGGACCAAGUUCAUAGGGCUCGUUACCUGGUCCUGGUUUUUGAUUUUGGCUGCCAAGCAAGUAUGGGAGAUAGUUGGAGACAUAAAAGUUAGCAAAUCUCAGCUUCUAUUACAUGUUUUUUGGAGAGGUUUGACAGUGCUGCUUCUUCCACCAAUUACUUUGCUAUUCUCAUAUUUCCUAUUCAUUUCAAACUCAAGAAGCGCAACGCUAGAUCAUGCAAGUUUAGUAUCACCCUACUUCAAAAGUUGGUUCUUACCUCAACCCAUGCCACAACCCGAUGUGGUAUAUUACGGAAGCAGCUUACUUAUUCGACAUGCUCAAUCGCUCGGGGGGUAUCUACACUCUCACAACCACACUUACAAAGGCGGCUCUGGCGAACAGCAAGUGUCACUCUUUCACUAUUCGAAUAAUGCCGACAAUGAGUGGACUCUAGAGCCCUACUCAGAUGAAAUGGAGUAUAAAACCAACCCUGAACCAGUGAGGAACGGCGCUUUGGUAAAAAUGAGGCAUAAAAGCACGGGAAAAUUAUUGAGGGCUUCAUCUGCCAAACCACCUAUCAGCGAACAGGAUUAUGAUCAUGAGGUGUCUUGCACUGGAGAUAUCGAUUAUCGGGGUGAUUCUGAUGAGUCCUGGAGAAUAAGAUUCGAACGUGGCAAAACAGUCCACGACGAUCUUUUGUGCCCUUUCACCAUUUACUUUAGCCUGGAAAACAAAGGUCAUAACUGCAAGCUUCUGAGUCAUGACCUGAGAAUGCCUGAUUGGGGAUUCGAACAACAAGAAGUUUUGUGUGUGGAUUCCGCAGAUAAAGAAAGAUCACUUUUCUUUAUUGACAGAUCAAAUCUUUACAAGGAACGAGGAGCUUAUCUCACGGAGCCAAAGCAUUGGAUUGGUAAAAGGCUUUUGUUGCUUUCUAAGGAAUUUGUUCAAGUGCAGUUCAAAUAUGACUAUUACUUGAAAAAUAAGGAUUUGGUGAGCGAGAUAAAGAUGGAAAACUGGUUGUGGUCGUCUGCGGACUCUGCUGCCGUGAACUUCAUGUGGUUCACGCCAUUGAUAUGUUUGAUAACAUAUUUGAUUGUCCAACUCAGCAGAUGGUUUCGUUGGAACCCUUGGACCGACACCACUUCGGAACUGGAUCCCAUAAAGUACUUAUAUCUUGACAAUUGUCUAGAGCUCGCUAUGGGGUGGUUUAUGCAUUAUUAUAUUUUUACGUGGGGUGAGCAUGACAACUUCAAUUUGGUCCAAUACCUUCCUAGUUACCUUCUCAGUUUGCUGCUUGCUGCACACACGGCCAAUUUCUUUUGGCGGCACAACAGCGUCAGCCGUUUUCUCCUCAUAGCAUUUACCGCUGCUGCUGUGAUAUUGACAUACGUUUGGAUGUGA